CAUGGGACAGUGGAACAAAGAUGCUCGGCGACACAAUGCGCUCUUCACAAAUUGCCAUUCUCUUCUGCCGCGACGCGACCAAUCGUAGCGUCAUCCCGGGACACCUGGCCGUGCUCAAAUUAAACCGCCACGCCACCAGUAGCCCAGUAGGAGAUGCCAGUGCUGCUGCAGAUCCUCCUUCCUCCAUGCAUCGGCUGCUUGUUACCUGCAAACCUGCGCCGUGGACACCAACUGUUGCUGUGAGAUCUGAUGCCGCGCGGCGGUGGGCCUGGCCGAUCCUGAAGGCGAGGUGAAAGCAUCCCCGUGAGCGCCGGUUGCCACUGCCUCUGCCACCGCCGAGCGAGCACCCAGCCACCCACGGCAGGAGGAACCCCGCUGCCAAGUGCCAAACGAAGGCGGCCGCCACCAACGCGGCAACCUUGCCGCCCGCCUCGUCCCCGAUCCAGCCGUGCGAGCCAACCCGGCACCGGGCGGCGGCCGCGGGCCUCCAAUUGGCGGCCUCGGCAGCCGCCACAGCAAGCUGGUGCCAUGGCACUGCCGCCAUGCCGUGCCUUCGGCCUUCCCAAGUUUCCAACAGCACCCUGCUGGUGCCGCGUGCAGCGCCGGCCCGGCCCCAAUCGCGGCCGUGCGCCCGCGCUCCGACCGUUCCGUUCGACCGCCGGGCCCGCCUCCCCCGCGGCGAGACCUCUCCUUCGGCCUGGACCCCGCCGCCCCUCGGGUCGCCUUCUCCGCGACAUCCCGCCCCGCGCCCUGUUCCGACCCGCCGAAUCCAUGGCUCCGCGCGUGGGCGCGGUGCCAUCAUCCAUCAGCGCCGCCCGCUCGCCCCGCGCCUCCUCUCGCUGUCGAGAUCGCGUGACGGGAGCUCCGGAGCCGACACGAUCCAGCCUUGCUGCAAAGAGUCCCGGAAUUCUUGAAGCGACCAUAUUUUCCAUUGACAUGCUCAUACUGAUCGACUGACACCUCACAACAACAGCAUCGAAACAGGAUGGAAGCGGAGCGUAUUCGUCCACUCAUGGUGAGACAGCAAGCACAUGCGUGAAACUGAUUAUUGGAAGAAGCACCAUCAGCAGCAUACACCGCAAUUGUGUAAGAGGCUAUUCCUAUUUCGCUUUUUCCAUGGACAGAAGCAGGUGCGUUGGGUAAGAUCGGCUGUUACUCUUGUCUUCUGUGUGGAAUCAACACUGUGUCUUGCUUGUUGAACCACAGUACAGCUGAGAGGGCUUCAUGGUUUCUAUAUUACUGUACCUGCGGAAUAAGAUGCGACAUGAUAAGUGAUUGAACGUGGCAAUUUUUCCUCCAUGCUAUAUAUCAAUGCUGCAACUCUAAAAUCUGUCAAAAAUACUCGCCGAUUUUGCUUAACCUUUAGGAGGAAAAGCACAUGAUAAGAGCACUUUCCUAGUAGCGUUUUUGUUUUUGGUUGACUGCUUGAAGCCUUGAACAGGACACUCUUUAGGCUAGUACUAAUUUUGAUGAGAUGGAGAUCAUCACUGCAUUGGUAGGUAGGUUUUAUCAACUAAAGGUUACUAUUAUAUUUUGCUCCUUAUUCAUGGCAAUGUUGUGCCACCUAUACCUGGAUUGGCUUAUGUGAAAAGGCUCAUUUUUCUUGAAAAAUAAAACAAAACCAAAGGGAAAUCUUAACAGAUCUUAUGAUUCAACAUGAUCUUGUGGGCAAUCUCUUCAGAUAUUUGGACAUCAACAUAGUUCAUACUGCAGGUCAAAGUGUACAAUCACAUGUUUGUCAUCUUUAAAACUUGCAAAUGUAUCAAAGCCAUCAUAUCAACACCUGGGAGUCUUUCUUUGGUUCAGGUGCAGAAAGUGAAGUUCAUCGCUGGUGCUGUGGUGCAUUUGUGGCAGUUUGUGCAGAUUGCUUACUUCUUCGGUUCAACCCUACUAGUUCUAGCAAUGUGAACUGAACAUGUAUCUGCCUCUAAAAGGCUUGGCAUUCUCACAUUCUAGGCUGUUUUCUGCUAAUCCACGCAUGUUACAGGUUCAUGUGGCACUUACCUCGGAGGGGAUAAAGAGUCGAACCAAGAUGAGCAGUGGUAGUAUUCUGGGAGCUGUUGUUGCCCGCACUAUGGCCGCCUCCAAGGUUCCGAACCUGUCGGAGACUGCUCGCAGAGGCUGUUGCAAGCUGUGUGGAGAACCUGAAGAGGACAGCAAGAGGUUCCUAAUCUGUGGCCACCCUCCUUGCAUGUACAAGUACUACCACAUCCGGUGCAUGAGUCCUGACCAGAUCGCAAGCAAAAAGCAGCUGAACGAGCAAUGCUGGUACUGCCCAUCAUGCCUCUGCCGGGUUUGUCACCGUGACGAGGAUGACAAAAAGAUCAUCCUGUGUGACGGCUGUGAUGAGGCAUAUCACCUCUACUGCCUGCGUCCUCGUCGUACUAGAGUGCCCAAGGGGAAAUGGUACUGCAAGCUCUGCCUUAAGGCGAGGGCACGGGAGGUGAAGGUGAAAGAGUACGAGGAUAGGAUGCUGUCGGAACACAGGAAGCAUGAUCUUACGAUGGUGAAGAGUGACAAGUAUACGGGCGUGGACCUGCUGCUUUCUCGCGUGAAAAAGUGGAGAGCUGAUGACGAGGCGGCUGCCGCAGAGGCGGCGAUCACCUUGGAGAUGCUGAAAGGAGGCAAUGAGGAGCCGGCGACCGCUGCAGAGUAGGAGGCAUUGGGAUGGAGGUUGUGAGCAGGUGGAUUUGUGUUCCCUGGCAUGAGUUCAAGCAGCACAAGGUUUCUGUCCGGAGAGCCUCAGCUCUGUCCCAGCUGAAGACCUGAUGGUCAGGAGUUGGGACUAGAGGCCGAGGGUCUCUGAACUGAAACAAGUGCCGUUUGAACUGAUGGUAGAGAAUAUGAGUUCGCUAGAAUCGCUCUUAUCCUUUUUUUUUAAUCGUUUCUUUCAUCCUGCCGUGGUCAUACUUGACGAACUUGCCGGCGUCGGAACUUCAUAAGGUCGUGAGCACCCUUGAUACCUUUGCUGGGUACUUAAACUGCAAUGAAAUGGUGGAUCUUGGUAGACUAAA